UUACUUCACUUCACUGCCAGACUAGUUUGUGUUUUGCACUCGGGUGGAAAUCCGCGCGCGCGCCACAGCAGGCAUGAGGUCAUCUUAAACAGUAACUUUGACACAGUUUGAGCAGCAACCGGAAACAGCUGCUGAGCACUUCCAGGCGAGUUCCAGCGCAACUCAUGUGAUAUCGAUCGAUCGAUCGAUCGGACGGUCCGGUGCGCGCGCGCUCAGAGAGAGAGAGAGAGAGAGAGAGAGAUGGAGAGCGCUGAAGCUUCGGUCGGGUCCGCGUGCAGGAUCACCGGCUCAUCCCGGUGGGUGCGGCUCAACGUGGGGGGCACUUACUUUCUCACAACCACGCAAACUCUCAGCCGGGAGCCCAAGUCUUUCCUGUACCGGCUGUGCCAGGAGGAUCCCGAGCUCCACUCUGACAAGGAUGAGUUGGGUGCAUAUUUGAUUGACAGAGAUCCAGUGUACUUUGGGCCGGUGUUGAACUACCUGAGACACGGCAAACUGGUCCUCAACAAAAAUCUGACAGAGGAAGGAGCUCUUGAGGAGGCGGAGUUCUACAAUAUCACAUCAUUAAUUAAACUCGUCAAGGACAGGAUCAGGGAACGAGACGCCAAAACCGUACACACCCCAGUGAAGCAUGUGUACAGGGUGUUGCAGUGUCAAGAGGAAGAACUCACUCAGAUGGUCUCCACCAUGUCAGACGGAUGGAAGUUUGAGCAGCUUGUCAGUGUAGGCUAUGGGCGGACACAGAAGUCUGAGUUUCUCCUGAUUGUGUCUCGUGAGGUGAAAGGGGAGGAGUCGUGUCAAACUCACCCUGCCCACUCCGGAGAGCUGGUAAGCAUCGGCUCCUCCUAUAACUACAGCAGCGAAGACCAAGCCGAGUUCCUUUGCGUUGUUUCCAAGGAGCUUCAAAACCAGUCAUCUGGUAACACCAGCCAGCCGAGUGAGAAAGCCAAGAUACUCCAGGAACGAGGUUCUCGGAUAUGAGGCUCUUGGAUAAAAUGCCGACGUCUACAAGCAUAUACAAGUUUUGGUUAUUGAAAUGUUUUCUUGGAGGAGAAAUUAUCAUGACGGGCUGCUUCAACCAGGCGACCAAUCAAAAGACAGAGGAAGAAGUGUGCACUGAGGCAAAUACGAAAACAAAAGUCGCCGCUAGUGAAUUGUUUGAAUCCCAAGACCUACAGUGGAUAUAAAAAGUGUACACGCCCCAUUAAAAUGAAAGGUUUUGCUGAGAAAAAAUCAGACCACGAUAAAUAAUUUCAAAACUUUUCCCACCUAUAACCUGGACAGUUCAAUUGAAAAACAAAUCUGUUAGGGGGAAAACCAGAAAAAAAUGUACAAUAAGCUGGUUACAUAAGUGUGCACACCCUUAAACUAAUACUUUCUUGAAGCACUUUUUGAUUUAAUCACAGCAUUCAGUCUUUUUGGGUUCACACCCGCCAUCAAUUAAAAUGACUCUGAUUAACGCCAAAUCAAGCUCGGACAUUUAGGCCCAAUCCCAAUUCUAAUUUCUGCACAUCUCCAAAAUCUCCGUUUGGAGGGGUACAGAAGUCCUCCCCCUUCCCCUACCCCUCCGCGUUAACUGGGAUUGGGAUACCCCUACCCCUUCACGUGAACGCGCAAAAUGGAGGGGAAGGGCCAAGGGGUUGGUCCAAGGGGUGAAAUGGGAUUUGGCCUUACUCAGUUGCAUCCUCCAGCAAAAGCCAGGGUUCACAGAGAGCUUACAAAGCAUCAUUGUUGAAAGGUAUCGGUCAGGAGAAGGGUACAGAACCACACAGAAGUGGAGAAAAUACGGGACAACAGUGACGUUACCGAGAACUGGACGUCCCUCCAAAAUUGAUGAAAAGACGAGACGAAAACUGGUCAGGGAGGCUGCCGAGAGGCCUACAGCAACACUGAAGGAGCUGCAGGAAUUUCUGGCAAGUACUGGUUGUAUACUACAUGUGACGACAAUCUCCCAUAUUCUCCAUAUGUCUGGACUAUGAGGUAGGGUCAAAGAAAAACAUCCAGGCCGGCUAAAUUUUGCAAAUUAAAAAAAAAAAAUACAUCAACUCUUCCAAAAGCAUGUGGGAAAAUGUGUUCUGGUCUGAUGAAACCAAGGUUGAACUUUUUGGCCACAAUUCCAAAAGGUAUGUUUGGCGCAAAACCAACACUGCGCAUCACCAAAAGAACCCCAUACCCACGGUGAAGCAUGGUGAUGGCAGCAUCGUGUUUUGGGGUUGUUUUUCUUCAGCUGGAACAGGGGCUUUAGUCAAGGUGGAGGGAAUUAUGAUAGUUCUAAACACCAGUCAAUUUUGGCCCAAAACCUUCAGGUGUCUGCUAGAAAGAUGAAGACGAAGAGGAAUUUCAUCUUUCAGUACAACAAUGACCCCCAAAAAAGUUUUGGAACGGCCCAGCCAGAGCCCAGACCUAAAUCCAGUUGAAAAUCUGUUGGGUGACCUGAAAAGGGCUGUGCACAAGACACGCCCUCGCAAUCUGACAGAUCUGGAGCGCUUUUGCAAGGAAGAGUGGGCAAAUAUUGCCAAGUCGAGAUGUGUCAGGCUGAUAGACUCCGACCCAGAAAGACUGAAUGCUGUAAAGGUGCUUCAACAAACUAUUAGAUUAAGGGUGUGCACACUUAUAAACCAGCUUAUUGUCCGUUUUUGUUUUUCAAUUGAAUUGUCCAGGUUAUCGGUGGCAAAAGUUUUGAAAUUAUUUAACGUGGUCUCGUUUUUUUUUUUUUGACAUCAAAAAAAACUUUCAUUAAUUUAACAAGGCGUGUACACUUUUUUUUUUUUUUAUAUCCACCAUACUCUGUUAGAAAUGAAGCUCGAAUUGACGUCGUGAUCAUUUCUGCUCUGAGAAGAACUUUCAGGAAAUGAAACAUGAUUUAACGGGGCCGCGGAUACUCCCGUCAGACACGUAGACUGCGCAUGAAGAAAUGCUCCCUGAUCACACAACGACUCUGUUUGCUGUUUCACAUUUACUCAAUAUUCAAGGUCUUGCACGGUGGUUUUGUCCGUCAUGCGUUUGUUUUAGAAUCAUUCUGUCAUUCAGUAUUGGUUUUGGUAGAACCAUAGAACCGACUGUUCAUUGAUGACUAGGAUCACUCGGAGUUGACGUUGGUGCUCGGACACCUACACACACACCGAUCAGCCAUAACAUUAAAAGCACCGACAGGUGAAGAAGUGAAGAACAUCGAUUGAUUAUCUCAUUCCAGUGGUGCCUGUCAAGGGGUGGGAUAUAUUCGGCAGCAAGAAAGAGAACAGAACAGUCAAUUUUCAAAGCUGAUGUCUCGAAAGCAGGAAAAAUGGGCAAGCGACUCUUAGGAGUGAUUUUUUUUUUUUUUUUUAAUUUAUUUUAUUUUAUUUUACAAGGGCCAAAUUGUGAUGGUGAGAUGACUAGGUCUGACUGAGCAUCUCCAAAAUGGCACAUCUUGUAGGGUGUUCCUGGUAUGCACUGGUUCAUACCUACCAAAAGUUCUCCAAGGAUCCAAAGGACAACCGGUGACAGGGUCAUGGGUGUCGAAGGCUCAUUGAUUCACCUGGCGCACGAAAGCAAGCCCAUAUGGUCCAAUCCCAGAGACUGUGCUACCUACUGUAGCACAAACUGCUGAAAAAGUUAAAGGAGAACUGAAGGCAAAUUUUUUAUGAUCAAAAUUCUAUUUCUCUCAUUUUAUUAAAUAUCGGAAUGCAUUUUUGAUCGCGAUUUUGUCGCCGCUAUAGCAAGUGAUGAGUGUUUUGAAAUACGCUCUGUAAUAUAUCGGUCCAUCUGUCAAAGCGACGGCCGUAAACGAGAUUCGUUGAGACCCGUGCGAGGCAUCGUCGGACGGAACUAAAACGUACAGCGGAAAUCAAAGCGACCAACGUUGUCAAAAGACGCGCGCGCCGUCUUUCGAAUGCUGACGUGAUCAAGCCGGAAGUUUUGCUUGUUUUGACAGCGAUCAGGAAAGUUUGAAAAAAGUAGGCAGCAAUCGUCAUUUAAACUCGUUUUUCUGCAAUAUUUCGUUUGGAAAACAGUUUUCAAAAUGGCGGCGCUGACACUUGACGUCCCGAAGUCUCGCGCAAGUCUGGUGAAGAUCGCGCGGAUAAGCGACGCCUGCCGUGGACCAAACGAACUCGAUUCAACACGGCUAAAAACCGAAUCGGCCGAUAAGCACACUAUAAUAUUUAACUGCAAUUAGUUGCCAAUACGAGUCACGAUAUAAGCUUACGGGAACCGAAAACGUAAUUGAAUAACACGUGAAUUAAGAAAUCAAGCAAGUUUAAAAAUGACUUCAGUUCCCCUUUAAAGAGCAACACGUCAUACAUCUCAUCCAUUUAGAGUUACGUUUAGGUGUUGUAGAAAUGUAAACGUCUCUGUCUUGCAGAUUUUCCCCAUCACAGCAACUUUGCUGACACUAAGGAUGCAAAAAGCACUGUACAAGACCUUUUAAAGCACAACGUUUAGCUUUCAUGGAAUGUUCAGAAACACUGAUGAAAAAUCUCUUUGGCAGUUUGCAACUUACCUCGAUCAGUUGAGACAUGCAGGACGUCUAACGUCUGUCUCGCUCAAAACCUCCUCCGUGAAAAUACGCCCACGUGUCAGCAAAUCGGCACAAGUUCAAGUUGGUUACCUGUGAAAAUGAACAAAACCGGCCUGCGGAGAUAAACGUUGUGACGACAGCGUUGGACAGGAGAACGUGGGUGAUUUUAAAUCUCAGGUAAAACGCCACCAGUUGUGUCGUCGAAUCAGUUCUAAUUUGUGGUUGCCAAAUAUGAUCAUCGAUGAACAUGAGAAGGAUGACUCUUUCCAGUGAAACCACAUGAUUAAUCACAUGUCCAAAGGAAGAGAGAGAGAGAAAGUUGCUUAAGCCUCGGUCACAACCGGCCGUACGUGCUCCUACGGCCGGUCUACGUGCAAAAAACGCAAGAAAUGCACGGAGGGCGCGUGUGACGUGCUGAUUUUCGACCCGUAGACUGGCCGCAAACCGGCCGCAGAGGUUCUUUGUCAUGUCAAACAAACUCUACGGGCGCUUACAUUUUUUCAGGUUGCAAGACAAACUUGCGGCCAACGUGCGUCUUUCUCCACGAACAAAAAAAACGCAGCGAUUUGGGAAACGCCAAAAAUCGCACGGCCAAAAAAUCGUACGUCCGGUUGUGACCUAGGCUUAACAUUAACAUUUUAAAAAUGGAUUAAAGAACAAUGCGUCACGAUUUGUUACGUUUCCUGUUGUGGAACGUCAAAAAAACCAAAAACACGCUUGUUCCUGUUGUCCGUUCCGUUAUAGCAGGUGUCAGCAGUCGUUCUUUGACCAGCCUUUCUUUUUCCUCUUUCUUCAAGUUAUAAGACGAAAAAAAAUGCAGCUAGUCAUGUUAUCAAAAAAAAAACAACCCAAAAACGCAAAGCUAAAGAUGGACUCGAAGGUACAGCUUGACCUCUGACUGUUAUAAACAUUCCGACAUGGAAGACUCCUUCCAUAAUUGUUAAAUAACCAAAAAAAAAUAUUUUUUUCUUUUUUAAAUUCACCCCAUCAAAAAAUUAUAUGGUUUUAUAUAAGUAUAGGAACUUCUAGAAGCUCUGUGGUUUGAGGGAUUUCCAAUCCAAUCAGGUCCAUAAGUAUUUGGACAGCGCUGUAAAUUUUCACUUUUUUUUGCCUCCGUACGCCACGACAACGGAUUUGAAACGGAGCCGUCGAGGUGCGAUCGAAGCGGCGACGUUCGGCUUUGCUUCAAGGGGUCGAACAAAAAUACUGCAUUAAAAAGGUGCUGACUGCAAAGCCGGCUGAAAUAUAUAUAUCUUUUUUAAUAUUUCAGCAUGCGGACGAAUAAGAUGUGAUCGUUUUUCUCCGUUCUGGGACCGUUUUCUGACCUCAGGAGGACGGCCUGAUGGAAACGACAAGCUUGAACUAAUUAGCAUAACUAUGGAACCGCGUCACACCAAAAUGUCUUCCGAGGGGCGGGAAACAUCGCGACUCUGCAUCGACCUCGGAGACGUUCGAGUCUUUUGAGUCGCAGGGAUGUAAUUUGUGGUUGACAUUCGCGAAUAGAUCUUUUCUCGGUUAUUGCUUUUGUGUUCUCGUUUCUUUCUCUGUAAGAUCAAAACAUUCGGUGUGUAACUCCAUGCCAUAUCGCGACUCUGGAAUCGAGUCUGUGCAUUCGAAGGCUAAGAUAGCUAAGCGCUAGCGAGAAUGAUUGAGUUAUCGGGCCAGAAAAAUGACACGUCGUCUAACCAGUUGCGCUCACUUGGCAGGCUUUCCUUUUCUUUUCCGCUGGCGGGAGAGCCGAGUCCGGCAUGUUUGGCCACGCCGACUUGUUUUGGUUAAAAGUAGGUCAGACACGCCCCAUGGUGGUCAUGUGAUAUUGUUGCUUUGGCGAUCUCCGGAAUUGUAAAAUGCGGGACGCUUUUUGUCUCGACAGAACAUUUACACACAGGAUGCGCGGUGUAUGUGUAGCAGCGCAACAUCUGGAAACUCCAACAGCAAUCGAAACAGAACAUUUUACCCAGAAUUCAACUUUGCACUCGGAGCCUUUAACCGUUCAGGAAUUACAGACAUUUUUUACAAAAUCCCUCCAUUUUCACAGUUUCCGCAGUAAUUAGACAAACUCGGAAUUCAAAACAUAAGGAUUGUUUUUAAUACUUGGAUGCAAAUCCUUUGUACUCAGUGACCGCCUCGUACGGACAUCAACCAAAUGUUGCUUCUUGAAGGCCGACUGUUUUGAAACAAUCUGACUUUCAGUUCUCCGUUCAUUCGCUUCUUCCAUGUAAGGGCGAGAUAUUGCUGCUGAGGCAAGUAUAUCCAGCGGAGAAAUCAGACGGCUGCUCUGCUCAUUCUCCAUUUUCUCCAUACUGAGUACUCCGCCAUUACUACUCGGCUCAAGCAAUUACUCAAACGCGGCACGGGACGUCACCGGUUUUAGCAACAACCACGGAGAGGCCACUGCCCGAGCGAUAAUAUGUCACGUUCCAUCCCGGGUUUUAGCAACAACCCUCGGCUCAUGCUCCAAGAGGACUGGUGCAACUGAGCUUACUUUCCUUUUCUUGUAGUUUUCUUUUCCUUUCAUUGUUGGUGCUGCACCCUCUUUCAAUACGGGCUUAAAGCCAACGCUCCUCAACACAUCAGAGGUCUCGUACGAGUCUUCAGUAAAAUGUGCAGAGCAGAGGAGAGACCGCCGUGCCCGUGAACUUCUCGCAAAACGCGUCCGGCCAAAAACGCAUCUACGUGACAUGGCGAUAAAUUAGCUCAAAGUGGAGGAUCGGAGUUGUAGUCAGCUGUGUUUUUGUAUAGCGGAAAUGGCGAUGAGACCGAUAGCCUUCCUGCGGUGAUGUCACAGAUGUCAAGGUCAUUCACUCAGACCGCUACCUCUAUGAAUCAUUUUAAUCGCAAAAAUUACUAAAUUAGAUUUAUUGUUUACGCUUAAAACUAUUCCUGUGCCAUCCUUGCGGUCUCGAGGCAUUUAUAAACAAAAAGUUCUGCGUCUCUCCUUUAAGGAGCUCUUGGGUUGGUUCUGGGUCACCGUCCAUCUGGACGGUGAAGCACCGUCCGAUCAGUUGACUGAAUCUGAGCAGAAAGUAUCGUUUUAUACAUUUCAUAACCCCUCCUGCCACUUCUACCAGCAGUCACAUCAUCAAUAGACACUACUGACACAUGCCUUUACUUCAUUUCACCUCCACUGUGCUGGUGUACAGAGGCAAAAUUACCAAAAUCAGGUGAUGUCCAAAUACUUCCUGAUUCUACUCUACGGCGGAUAUCUGCUUGUUAUUAUCUUGUCUCAUGUUGCAUUAUAUACUUUAUUUAAUCUACAUAAUCUCAUCGUGUAUGCAUGGGUUUGCUGAAGAUCUGUUUGACACAUGAUGAACGAUGCACUUCAGGUCUGCUGAGUCUCAUGUGCAAGUCCGAUCAUACGACAUCUUUAUACGCUUAUGCUUAUUUAUAUCUGAACUGUCACUCUGUCACUUUAAGCCUACGGAUUGUUAUGCCAAUAAACGCAUUUAAACAAAUCUACAA